UAUGUUUUAUGAUCAACUGGAGAUUAACCACUACUUUUUUUUAUCUAGUUAGAGAUGUUGAUUGAAAAUAAUGGGAUGUUGGGUUCUUGAAAUGUACCAUUGGAAACAGAGGAAGAAUGACUUUUAAUUUUUAUGUGAAAUUUCUAUUUUAUGCGAUGGUAUUUUUGGAAAAAUAAAUGGACUUUUUAACAGUUGAAAGCAAAUGGUUCUAAUAUUUAUGGAUAGGAUUGCCUAAAGGCGAUGUAUAAAUCCAUUCUUUCAUCUUCUAUUUUAAUUAGUGAAAAAGUAAAUUUACGCCCCUAUUUUUAUUUCUUUCAUGCACAAACUAUUAUAUAUAUAUAUAUAUUACACACAUUGGUAACAAUGGGUUAUAAUGUUUUUUUCAAAGGAUAACUCAUGGGCUUGGUUUAUCUUAGGAUUGCAUUUUUCAUCUUGCCAAUACAUAAUAAGUUAUUGGGGAGAUUGGUGGCUCAAAAAAGGAGGUAUAAUAUUAAACCAAAAGUAUAUUUAAAUGAAUUUUACACAACUUUAUUAUCAAUGAAAGACAUAAAUAUUUGGAAUAUAUUUCUAUUUCAUUUACCUUUACAGAGUUUUUAGUCAUGAUUCAUUCAAGAAAAAAAAGUAUAUAUUAAAUCAUAAUUUUAGUUCUUAGGUUGCUGCAAAUACAUAUCGAUGGCAGAAUAUGAUGAUCACAUAUUAGAAAAUUUUAAGGCCUAUUCUAUUUUUCUAUAUUAAGCCCCCUCAGACUAUCCCACUUGCAAAUUUUGAUGAUCCAAUUGGAAAUUUCUCCAAUAAUCAUCAAGAAGAUUAUAUAUUUUGGAGUUAAUAUUCUUUGCCUUGUGAUAUUGGAUAAGAGUCAUACAUUAUAUUUCAUUUGUUGCUCAAAUUAAUAUUCAUAUGUUUUCUACAUUGAAAAACAUUUAAUUUUUGUGGUUAGGUUGAUAUACUAGUUUUGUACAUUUGAAAUUUAACUCCUAACAAAUUCUACAUAAUGGUUGCACCUCAGUUGAAGAGUUUUGAAGAUCUUCUAUCAACUACAGUAGCCUUUCCCAAAACUCAGGAGGUUAAGAAGGAACUCACAGACAGAGACGUUCAGGAGGGUUUUGACAUUACUCUUACAAAACAUAAGGGGCAGGUGAUUGAUGAGUUUGGUCAAAAUGUACACUUUGUUGAAACUGAUAUUAAGGAAAAUCCGGAAAUAGCAAAAGCAGCUAGCAUUAUGGGUACACCAUGUGUUCAAUUUUUCAAAAACAACGAAAAUUUGAGGUUGUUUUUCUUCUAUACUCCUGGUGCUGGUCCAACUGUCAAAUCUGGUUCAAAGGGAAAGCGCCAUCGUUUGAUAUUGACCAAAACCCUUGAGUGGACAUUAAAUUGGUGCAUACUACAUGGCAUGUUUGAUAGGUAUGUUAAACUUGACCGUGCAUUUCUUGUCAUAGAUUUCUGUUCAUAUUUAAGAUACAUAUUUUGAUUGGUGCGUACAGAUGGACAUAUGUCAAGAUGUAAUAUGUAAAAUAUCCAUUUUAUAUUUCUUAGACAAUAUGUAGAAGACAAGAAGUUAUUUUUUAAAUUUGAUAGUUCUUACAAGUUUGUUCUUUUCAAGGGAUGGUUACUUCUUAUCCUAGAUGCUUUAUUGAACUUUAUACCUUGCCUUUCAAAAGACAAGGUGGCAACGCAAAUUAGAGAUA